CGGGAGUGGAAAGAUGAAGGCAGCAAAAGAUACAUGUGCACUGGCCGGCCUGGCUGGCUGACUGUGUCACUUCGUGUGGGGAAGUACAAGAAGAUUCAUAAGAACAUCAUGAUCAACUUAAUGGAUGUUCUAGAAGUGGACAGUGAAAGACAGGUUGUUCGUGUGGAACCUCUGGUGACCAUGGGCCAGCUGACUGCACACUUGAACCCCAUGGGCUGGACUAUUCCUGUGGUGCCAGAGCUUGAUGACCUGACAGUAGGUGGCCUGAUCAUGGGAACUGGCAUUGAGUCUUCCUCCCAUAUCUACGGACUUUUUCAGCACACCUGUGUGGCCUAUGAACUUGUUCUUGCUGAUGGAAGCCUUGUGAGAUGUUCACCAACUGAAAACUCAGACCUAUUUUAUGCAGUGCCUUGGUCUUGUGGUACUCUGGGUUUCCUGGUUGCAGCAGAAAUAAAAAUGAUUCCUGCCAAGAAAUAUGUCAAAAUACAUUAUGAGCCUGUGAGAGGACUGCAGAAGAUUUGUGAGAAGUUCACUGAAGAGUCUAAGAAAAAGGAGAAUAGUUUUGUGGAAGGGCUUGUCUAUUCUUUGGAAGAAGCAGUCAUCAUGACAGGAGUCUUGACUGAUGAAGCUGAGCAAAGCAAGAUAAACAGAAUUGGCCACUACUACAAGCCGUGGUUCUUUAAGCACGUGGAGAAGUAUUUGAAAGCUGACAGGACUGGAACCGAGUACAUUCCCUCGAGACAUUACUACCACAGGCAUACACGCAGCAUCUUCUGGGAGCUCCAGGAUAUCAUUCCUUUUGGCAAUAACCCCAUUUUCCGUUACCUGUUUGGCUGGAUGGUUCCUCCAAAAAUCUCCUUGUUAAAACUCACCCAAGGAGAAGCAAUUCGGAAGCUGUACGAGCAGCACCACGUCGUGCAGGACAUGCUGGUGCCAAUGAAGAGCCUUGAAAAAUCCAUCCAGACCUUCCACGCCGACCUUCAUGUGUACCCUCUUUGGUUGUGUCCUUUCAUAUUGCCCAAUAAUCCCGGUAUGGUCCACCCAAAAGGAGAUGAAGCAGAACUCUACGUGGAUAUAGGAGCUUAUGGAGAGCCCAAAAGGAAACAGUUUGAAGCCAGAGCUUCAAUGAGGCAGAUGGAGAAGUUUGUGAGGAGUGUGCAUGGUUUCCAGAUGCUGUAUGCAGAUUGCUACAUGACCCGUGAGGAGUUCUGGGAUAUGUUUGAUGGUUCGUUAUACCACAAGUUGAGGGAGCAAAUGAAUUGCAAGGAUGCCUUUCCAGAAGUGUACGACAAAAUCUGCAAAGCUGCGAGGCACUGAGCCUGGAUGAUCUAAUCAAGCAAUCAGGGAAAGAUGAAUUGACCUAUAGCUAGUCAGUAUAUACUUAAAAAAAGAAAAAAAAAAAAGCUUUAUUGCUCUCCAAAUAAGCUCGUCCUUGUUGAUGUUUAAAGAUAUGAAUUCCUGCUUUAUGAAUUUAUGUUUAGUAUUUCUUCAUAUGUUUUAAAGCCAAUUUUUCCAAACUCAGAGUGAUUGUUUUUCAGAAAUCUCAAGUGCUAGCCUUUGUAUCUAAUGCAGUGACAUAGGUGAGUUCACCUAUUUCCAAGCAUAAGGAA